CAGCUACGCCGGCUUAUCGGCGUUCUAGUCGGAAGUCGAAACCGUUAUAAAAGGGGGUACCUUGGGAGCAGAGCGCGAGAGAGAGUGAAAGAGACAGCAUGGCUGAAGAAUCGAGCCGUCCAAUUCGGUUAAUGAAUUUCGUCUCGGAGGAACAGUUGGAUGAAGUUAAGAAGACAAGGGGCGAACGCGUCGAGGAUGGAACUGCCCAAAGAGAUAGACCCCUUUUUGAGAUCCUGAAGGAGAACAAAGACAAGCAGGAUGCAGAAUUUAAUGAACGAUUCAAGCACAGACCACCCAAAGCUUUGGAUGAAGAUGAGACUGAGUUUCUUGAGAGGUUGGAAAUGUCAAGGAGGGAAUAUGACCAACAAAUCGCAGAUGAGGAAGCUCAAGAGCUGCUGAGUUUCCAGGCAGCACUGGCAGCACAGUCUAAUAUCGUGCAUGAGCUCAAGGAAACACCCCCUGCUCCUAUAGUCCGGGAACAGAAAUCAGUUGGUCGGAAAAAUCCGCCUGCUCGUCCAUUUGGUAUGAUUAUAAAGGUCAAGCCACAAGCAAAGAAAGCAAAGUUAGACCCAGGAGCAUCCAAAGAACUCUCCGAUGUGGCAAAAGUCCCCACGGAAAAAAUUCUAGAGCCAGUGGCAACCACUAUUAGAAAUAGUGACGAGUCCCAAGAUGUUGGUAAAAUUGGUUUAGUUUUAUAUAGUGACGAAAGUGAAGAAGAUGAAUAGCAGAUUUACAUUAGAAUAAGUUAAUUUUCUUUUGUUGUGUUAAUUAUUUGUUCUUGGAUCAAUUUGAUCAUGAAUGCAAGCAUUGUUUCAGAUAUGCAAGAUUCAGUGUUGGCAAGUUUGGUCGGUGAUGGUGUUGUAUUUCCAGGAUAUAAUUGUCCUUUACAUGCUUAGCAUUAUUAUAGAUACUAGCUACUAGCUCUAGUUAAACUUGUUAAAAUAAAAACUACAAUGUGUAAUUAAAUCUUAAAUACAUAUCGAUUCUGACCCUGACUAA